GAUUUAUGGCGAUGCAAUAGACAAUUACAUAACUCUUUUUAUUAUCAGCUUGUCUCGUUGACAAUAUGUUCCCUUUGUACAAGUACUUUUUGAUCACUUACAUAUAGCUCUUAAGAGCUAACGACCAUGCCGACCGCUCGGUUAACGUUCCUAUAUCCUCACCUAUUCCGGACCGCUCGUUUCGGCGAGUCUUCAGCCCAGAGAGUGAAGAUCCGAUGUCGCAAGUCUCCCAAUAAUUAUAAACCACGCAUGGCCGCUUUCUCUUCAACAACCCCUUCGAGGCAGGCUGUUUUCGAAAGGCAUGGUAAAGCCGUAGAGCCAUUUCCAGUUACGCCAGACGUCGUGAACCUUCCACCACCAAGCACAGAUCCGUCGAAACUCCCGAGCUUCGAACCAGCUACUAAAGAGAGUGCGAAUAAAGAGAAGGAGAAGGAGACGGCGCAAGGGCCUCAAGAGGAGGAAGAUGUAGUAACAAAAGAGUUGGAGAAGAGCGAGGCGAUCUUGCAGGCAGCGCCUACGGCAUCCAACUCACCACCUUCAUCUCCCCAGCAGGCUGCGACAGAGGCCAAGAUGCAAGAGAGCGGUCCAAUGGAAGCAGUGUUGCAUAUGCCACCACCCGAAGAUACGCAUCACCCUCAUAUUUCGACUCCUCCUUAUGUCCAUCAUUUUGACAGCUAUACCUUGGUGAAAGAAUUGGAGGCUGGCGGAUACAGUAAAGACCAAGCCAUCACGGUAAUGAAAGCGAUCAGAGGACUUCUAGCCGAGAACCUAGAUGUCGCCCAAGAAGGGCUGAUCAGCAAAAGUGAUGUUGAAAAUGAAACAUACCUGUUUCGUGCAGCGUGCUCGGAGCUUAGCGCCGAAGUUCAAAAUAAUAGGAAGGGCGCCGAUGAGACCACACGCCAGCAGCGAACCCAGUUGCAGCACGAAGUCGACAUCGUGAACCAGAGAAUGAGCCAGGAUCUCAUGACGUUGAAGGACGAUGUUAAGGGCAUGUUCAACGACCGCAGAAUGAACGUGAGGGAGGAGCAGAGGACUAUGGAGAGCGCUAUUCAACAGCUCAACCUGAAGAUUAGUGUGGAUCUAAACAGCGACUCCAGAUCGGACAUAGAAGGUUUGAGAUGGGUGCUAAUUCGCCGAUCCGUCCUAGGCAUCCUCUUCAUGGCAGUAUGCACACUAGGAACUCUACGUUAUGCGACGUAUCUCAAGCACGAGAGGCAGAGGGAAGUAGAAGAAAAGGCUCUCAAAGCCGAGAAACUGAGGAAUAACCAUGGAAGGGAGGAUCAUGCUCCCCCAGUAGACGCGGCGGAGAUCUUGGCGGCCAAUUAAAACAUGAUACCCACAGGAAUAGACAGCGGUGGUAAAAAGAAACACGCGUUUCAUCGGGUUCCGAAUUGCGUUGCGUUGCGUAUGUACAUAUGCCUGCAGCGCUCAAAGUAACGUGAAGUCA